AUGGCGUUCCGCUCUUCCCUCCCCCUUCGAGUUGCGCGACCAUACCCAUCAUCCUACCUGUCAUGCUGCCUCCGAGAAAAUACAAGGAGUCCAACUUCUCCUCUCUAUGAUAUUGCGAGAAGGUCUUCACUAACUGAAAUAUUUCCUGUUUGCUUUGCAGAGGCUGCUAUGUUCCGGGCCUACUCAAAGGGCUCAGCUCGAAUGCCCAGUGAUCUUCUGCAAGCUGUGGGUGAUGAGGUUGCAAAGGGCCUAACUGCCCCUUCGGCAACUCCCUCACAUGAAACCUCUAGGGAACCUUCAGAGUCCUCCACCCCCCUGCUUCUGCCGGUAGCCCCUCCUGAGGCUGGCCCCGUAGCUCUGGAGCCCAUUGAGGAAGAGCGGGCUCCUUCUCCUCCCCCGGACAAAUGCCUACGGCUCCAGCGCAAACGUAAAAGAGUCGCGCCUUCGGUCCAGGCUUCUCCGCUUCACCCGCCCAAACGGGCUUCUUCCAAGCCUCCCAAAGUCCAAGUGCCAACACCCAGAGUUCCUGCUCAGGAGUCCCCCCGGGUGGCGGAAGUCCUGGCCCCUACUCCCGUCCGGGCUUUGGCUCCGGAUCAGGCCGGUCCUUCUGCUGGAAACCAGCCCGGGAGCUCUGCGACCCCUUCCUCUCUUCCGAAUGCCCCUUACCCUUCAUCUUCACGCACCAGGGGACGACCUCAGAGGAACGAACGGGAUUUCACUACCUCCUGGCGCCUACCCUCCGAGGCUGAAUCGGAUCCGGUCAGGGGACAUACCCCCGCCAGUGCUUCCUUCAGAGUGGCUUCCCGGGCAUCCUGGCAGGCACGUCUAGCUAGACCUGCAGCACCCACUUCGGUUCGUCGGCCUCGACCUUCUUCUGAAGAGUCAGAUUCAGAUGGCCAGCGCCUAGCUCACAGACUUUGUCGAAGGUAUGUCGAUCCAGACUUGGAUGAUGCUGGUCCGUCCGAUGAACCGGUCCCUCCAUCUCGGGAUGCCCAAGAGACCCGCGCGCCUGUUCCCGGUCCUGGGGCGACCACAGAUUCUCUUUCCACGCGUUCCCAGGCUCCAGAGCAAAUUCCCACUUCCUUUCGGCCUACUUCUUCUUCCCGGCCUAUCAAUGUUCCUUCGGGGGCUUCUGGCAACCCGGCAGAUCCCUCAGCUACACCCCCGCCCAGUGAACCAAGACCGGGGCUAUCUUAUUCGGCCCCUCAAAAUCCUUCUGAACUAACAACACCAUCCCAGCAAUCGCCUGGCUCCUCCUAUAGCCACUAUUAUUCCACCACCCCCUCUGAGUCAGGGCUACUGCGACAAUAG